AUGUCUAUCCCAACGACCAUGAAAGCCGUGGUGGUCGAGAAACUCGGCGGCCCUGAGGUCCUCGAGUUCAGAUCCGACCAACCCGUCCCAACCCCACAGGAAGGCCAAUUGCUCGUUAAGAACAAUAUCUCCGGCGUCAACUAUAUCGACACCUACUUUCGCACGGGUCUCUACCCAUCAUCCAAGCCGGAGAUCCUCGGCCGUGAGGGCGCCGGGACCGUGGUCGCACUGGGCCCUGGUUCUAACCCGUACAAUUUCAAGAUCGGCGAUCGGGUCGCUUGGCUGACUACAAGUGGUUAUGCCGAAUACACAGCCGUCCCCGCCGUCAAGGCCGUCAAGAUUCCUGAUGAGAUCACAGAUGAGGAUGCCAUUGCUGGCUUCCUGAGCGGCUUGACAGUUAUUACCCUUGCUAAGGAAACCUAUGCUGUCCAGAAGGGCGACUGGGUCCUUCUGCAUGCGGCCGCUGGUGGUGCUGGAUUCCUUAUGACUCAGGUUCUUAAAUCCCUUGGUGCCAAGGUGAUUGGAACUGCAGGUGGACCGGAGAAGGUCGCCUUAGUGAAGAGCCUAGGUGCGGACGUGGUCAUUGAUUACCGUAGUGAGGAGGGUAAGGAUUGGGUGAAGAAGGUUAAAGAAGCGACUGAUGGACGGGGUGUUGACGUCGUUUAUGACUCUGUUGGAAAGGACACCUGGGAGGGAAGCCUGGAGGCCGUUAAGAGGAAGGGUACUAUCGUCUGGUUUGGUAAUGCUAGUGGUCCGGUACCACCUCUGCCUCUUGCGAAAUUGUCUCCUAAGUGUGUCAAGGUUGCUCGGCCCACCCUGUUCGGCUACAUUGAGACCCGCGAAGAGUUUGAAUUCUACGUGAAUGAGCUAUUCGCCCUGCUCAAGUCUGGGCAGCUGAAGGUCAAGAUCCAUAAUAUUUACCCCUUGGAGCAGGUUAUCCAGGCUCAUACCGACCUGGAGGGCAGGAAGACCACUGGAAAGCUCCUUCUCAAACCAUGA